GGGGCCUGGGAGGAGGCAAGUGUGAGGCGGCGCAGUCGGUCAGCUGGCAUGGGGCCCAUGCUGCUGCCCCUGGCUCUGCUGGCCCUGCUGCUGGGGCCUGCGCUGGCCCGGGGUGCCCGGGAUCCGGAGGUGUUCUGUGGAGCGUGCAGGGCCCUGAUGGACGAGGUAGAGCACGACAUCACCAAGGCUCGGCAGAAGAAGGCCAAGGUGGGCUCCUUCCGAAUCAAUCCUGAUGGGACGCAGGAGAGGAGAAAGAUCCCCCUAGCCCAGUCGGAGGCGUUCCUAACGGACCUUUUGGAGAAAGUCUGUGAGCGAAUGAACGACUACAAGCUUGAGGAAGACCCUGUGACGAAGGAGAGAACUUUCAAGAGAUUUGCUCCUAGGAAAGGAGACAGAAUAUACCAAGAAUUUAAAAAAUUGUAUUUUUAUUCUGAUGCUUACAGACCUUUGAAAUUUGCGUGUGAAACUAUAAUAGAAGAGUAUGAAGAUGAAAUAUUCUCACUUAUCGCCCAGGAAGCACACUAUCUAGCUGACAAGCUGUGCAGUGAAAAAUCAGAUCUGUGUGAAACUUCCACAAAUCAUACUGAGCUCUAGGAGUGCCGUGCUGCUAGUUGUAGAGAGGAGUAAAGUCACACCCAAAGGUCAAUGUCUGCAUUUUAUGUUUGCGUGUUAUCUUUCAUGAUAAGAAAUUUUGUCUCUUGUUUAUACCGUGUUUGUCUCCGUUUAUGAUUUAUUUUGAAAAUCUGUUGUUUGACAUCAUGACAAACCCUGAGUUUUUUUAAUAGGUGAAGCUGAGGAGUACAUGAAACUUAAAUUAACCUUUGCAGAUUUUGAUGAAUCAAGCUUGACAAUA